UUUCGGCAGCAAAGCAGUCCAGUUCCUUCUGCAACGUACACUGUGUAGUAUCACUGCGUUUCUUCUAGUGUUGCACGGAAUACCUUGUGAUUAACAGAGAGGCCCUGCGCUACUUGCAUGUGUAGUAGGUUAGUUCUAACCGACUAAUAUUGUAGUUUAAAACAUGGAAACCGGCUCCAGGGAAACAAACGAUGACCUGGAGCCAGUUCCUCGCAACCGCACGUUCGAAACGACCAUUUCAGAUCGGCUUACCGCCGACGUUGUCGCUUCACGCUUGAUUUUGUCGCGUCAGAACUCCCCUCCGCGCCGGUUGCCGGGCAGUGAUUCACUUCUCCCGACGUCCGUUCUUGCUCACCAAACACCAUCCGAGUCCGCGGCUAUCGCAAGCAUCGUGGACACCACUGGCGUUCAGUUGCCACCUGCAACCACAGGCGCAGGGAUUGAACUGGAUGACAAUGGCGGAUACGAAGUACCUCUCCUUUCGACUCGCGAAGAUCCUGCAGUACGUUGCCGGCUAGCCCUCCCUGUGCCACAGGAGCGGCAUACCAUGCGGCAAACACCGUCACAACACCCACACCCAGCCCUACGCAUUGUGGAGAACGUGAAGAGAAGGAAGGAAGUGAUCACCAGCAAGUUGCUCUAUGUGGCAGACGUGAGUCCUGUCCUCUUCGUGAUCAAUGAUUCACUGAGUGCCAUUCGCCAUCUCCUGGUUGUGCUGGGUGAGAGCUGUGAAGACGCUCAAGCUGCGCUGGGAGAUCAUAGUGUGACACUUAUCGCCGGGCGCAGUGGAGGCCAAUACUUGAAAUCCAUCAUACAGCCUGCCCUGCUGAGAUGGAAGAACCGUCCAGUUCCAGUCGCUGAUGCGCCUGCAAUGAACCCAGAUAAAGAAAUGAUGUCAUACCUCUGCGAUUGCAAACUGCAGGACGUAUUAUCUGAGCUGCGCGAAGAUAUCAGCUCUUGCAGGGUCGUGCAGGAACAGAGUGACACAAGUUACGUACAGAUGCUCCGCAAUCCGCGCAUCAGCAGCGAUCGACACCAGUCUGGUCAAGUCUGAACCAAUUUGAAACGGGCCGAGGAAACUGGAACUUGAGUUUUCAUCAUGAGGUCUCAGAUAAGCAAAACAAAACUAUGAUUUCAUUUCGCUCAACUUAACUCUGGGUAUGAAGGCAAUGCCGUUUGCAGAAUAUCGGUAGCAAGAAGCUGCUGUCUUGAAAAUGAAGAUACAUGUAUAUAUGUUCACCGGAGGGUGUACCCAGGGUGCUGACAGUGCCCAACACCGCAUGUACUUGUACAUGCAACUUUGGAGGCAGCAAGCGAGUGAAAUCUUGAGAAAAUGUGUUUCAUUACAUUUUGUACAUGCCAUUGCUGCGAUUCUUGAGAUCUAAGAAUUUAAGUGACUCUUCACAGGUGAGAUAUUUGUCAUUACCUUUUCCAUGUAUCUCUUACAUUAAUCAGGGCUUCUUAGCAGCAUUUCGAAUGGUUUGUGUUUCUCCUAUUAUUACCUG